ACUGCCUGACUAGGCAACAGAGGGAACAUAUCAUCAGAAUUCCCCUUUGGCAAUACCUGCCGAUUGGGUCCUAAAAAAAAAAAAAAAAAAAAAGGCAGCAGCAGCUUUCAACUUUUAAUAUUUUGGAUCCUGCCACGAGUAUACGCGACAGAGAGAUUCUCCCUCAGUUUUUCUGGGGGAUAGGAAUAAAAAUCCAUCGGCGGAGAUCCGAGUUUUUUUUUCCCCUGUCUUUUUUUUUUUUUUUUUUUUUGGCUCUGCAGUUCAAACCUCUGUGCGCGUAUGAGCGCGCAUGUAGGCAUUCUGCUGGAGAUGUUUUGCGAAACUUUAAGGAUGAUAUACCUUGGAUGUUUCCUGUCGCUCUGUGGGCUCACGCAUGUCAUGGCAAGUUAUCCCAUCUGGUGGUCGCUAGCAGUGGGCCACCAGUACUCAUCACUGGGUACUCAACCUAUUCUGUGUGGCAGCAUCCCAGGUCUGGUGCCCAAACAGCUGCGUUUCUGCCGGAACUACGUUGAAAUCAUGCCCAGCGUGGCCGAGGGGGUGAAGAUCGGCAUCCAGGAGUGCCAGCACCAGUUCAGAGGCCGACGCUGGAACUGUACCACAAUCAAUGACAAUCUGGCCAUUUUUGGGCCAGUGUUAGAUAAAGCCACUCGAGAGUCAGCAUUUGUUCAUGCCAUUGCCUCGGCGGGAGUGGCAUUUGCAGUGACCCGUGCCUGUGCUGAGGGUUCAGCCACCAUCUGCGGGUGUGACACACGCCAUAAGGGCCCCCCUGGUGAGGGAUGGAAAUGGGGCGGCUGUAGCGAGGACGUGGAGUUUGGGAGCAUGGUGUCACGGGAGUUUGCUGAUGCGAGGGAGAAUCGCCCUGAUGCACGCUCAGCCAUGAACCGCCAUAAUAACGAGGCAGGAAGAAUGUCCCUCAACGACAACAUGUUCCUGAAGUGUAAGUGCCAUGGUCUUUCGGGUAGCUGUGAGGUCAAGACGUGCUGGUGGUCUCAGCCUGACUUCCGAGUUAUUGGUGACUACAUGAAGGAUAAGUAUGACAGUGCAUCUGAGAUGGUAGUGGAGAAACAUAAGGAGUCCCGUGGCUGGGUGGAGACCCUGAGACCCAAGUACAACUACUUCAAACCCCCAACAGAGCGCGACCUGGUUUAUUAUGAAAGCUCACCUAAUUUCUGUGACCCUAAUCCUGAGACUGGCUCCUUUGGCACUCGCGAUCGCAUCUGCAACCUGACAUCCCACGGCAUAGACGGGUGCGACCUUCUGUGCUGCGGGAGAGGUCACAACACCCGGACUGAGAAGCGGAAGGAGAAGUGCCACUGCAUUUUCCACUGGUGCUGCUACGUCAGCUGUCAGGAGUGUGUGAGAGUCUACGAUGUGCACACCUGCAAAUAGGGACGUCCUGUUCUCAUCUUUAGUCACCAAAAUUUAAACAGGCAGAAGAUCAAAUACAGGAACUUUUCUACAGGACAUGAGGAGCUAUAAACUUGUCUGACCUGUCCAUGGACUCCAGUGGCAGACAUAAACGGCCUCGUGUUUAGAGCUGUGAUGCUAAGAAGAGCCAGUCUCUGUCUUAAUCGACUGGAACAGUUGAGAAGAUGUUGACAUGACAAAGCAUCACCCGUAUGAACUGUGAUGGUGGUGAUGAUGACAGCAAUGUUAAUAUCUAUAGCAUUGACGAAAGGAGUUUUCAUGUACUGACGUAGGAAAGGAGAACUGUCAGCUAAAUGACAAACACCAUAUUGGUGAUUUUCUUUUUUUUCUGUAGUUACUUUUGUUGAGAAUAGUACAGCACUGCCAAUGCUUUCAAGUCUAUGGGGCAAACAAUGGAAAUGUCACAUUUUCUUCAAUGUUUUAUAAUCAAUUGUUUUUGCCACAAAAAGUGACAAACAUUUAUGAGCAAUUUACAUGAUUUAACACCCAACAGCAUGCAUUCUCCUCCUCAACAUUAUUAGUAUGUAUGUGUAUAUCUGAAAACUAACAUUAUCAUUGUGUGAGUGAGUAUUUGUUUUAUAGUGCUAAUAUGUUACUGAUGUUUGGGUAAGAAUGCACUUGCACCUGAGUGAAUGUAGUUAUUACUGCUGUGAUGUGUUUACAUGUUCACAAAUUCUUAAGCUAACGAGUUAAUAUCUGGUUUAAAUUACUAAUUUUGUUUGAGAGUAGACAUGAGCCACAUCCACCGAACACUGGCAAAACAAGAAAAUACACAGUCUGCACAUUUCAUUAAACACCUGAUAAACACUGGAAGCUUUUUUCUUAAGAGUAACAACGCUUUGAAUGACCAAAGACAAGAAAAGAAAACCCCCUGUUAGUCAACGGUGGUGAGAGAGCUGUAAAUGAAUCUGAAAGGUCAGCACUUGUGUCCUGUUGAGAAAUAUGAAGCAUGUUCUCCUUGUUUUUAUCAGUAUUAGCAUUGUCUCAUGUGAUUCGGUUUGGGGAAAACUGUUAUUUAUACAAAUAUAAUACUCUUUUAUUUUGAUAUUUGAUCAGAUAAAAGUUAAUUCUGUGCUCCCUGAGAAAAAAAACACAAAUGGCAAAUAAACCGCAAACCAAGCUGUAUCAUAUAAGCUCUGUAUAAUGCAGUAUAAUUUGCAGUUGCAGUAAAAUAAUGACCAAAACCUGUGCAUGUGAUGAUUCUCAACUGUGGCUUAUUGUUCCCCAAACUAAACAACAAGCAGCAUCACUGAAACUAUCAAGACUUCCCUUAUUUUAAUGCUGCUAAGUAAAGUUAAUAUGUGUAUGUGUGUGUGUGUUUAGGUCCUUACAAACAGUGUGUCUUUGUCUAUUUGUCUUAUAUGUUUAUUCUUGUAUGUAUUGAUUCUUUCUGUGAAAGAAAAAUAUUAUAUAUAGUUUGGAAAAAAUGUGAAGUUUUGACUAAUUCUUACAGUAAUUCCCAUUUAACCACAUAGACCAAUAUAGAGUUUAGGUUAUUUUAGUCGUCUAUGGAUUUUGUAGUUGUGCCAAACAUCAGGGCAAAAAUGAUUCAUGUUUCUCUCCCUUAAUUUGAGAAGAUGAAAUACAAUACAGUAUUUAUUUAUUUGGAAAGUGAAAAACUACUGAAAGAGACAAAAACUUUUUGCAAGUGGGUGCACCAUUUCACUGAGAGCCUUGACUAUGGAGAGAUGUGUAAAGUCACUGAUGAAUUAUUGUUCACAGCCAAUGUAAUGCUAUGUCUCAGGCGUGUAUAUUUUUCAGUCUCUAAACAAAUAUGCCCACCCGUGAUAACUUUACAUCAUGACUAGAAGUAAUAAAUGAACAGCCAUAACCAGUUUCACAUUUAAGUCAUUUUUUAAUGAACUACACAGCAACCAUCAUCAGUACAAGAACUGUUAUCUUGCUGUACACUUUAUAUGUGAUUGAUUGCUUGUGUGGACAAUUUGCUUAUGUUCUAAUUUUUUGUUAAGUCUGUAAAUCCAAAGUUUUGUACAAAAUAGUUAUUGCGUUUUUAUGGGUUUCUAAAAUUGGAUGUUUUUUUAUGAUUAUUUAUUUCAUGCUAUGUACAUAUUAGUGAGUAAAAAUAUAUAUUUGCAGAAAAUACUUUUUUUUGAAACAGUGUUUUGACUUGUAACGCUGUAGCCUUUUUACCUCAUAUCUGUUUUUCCACUGACUCCACACAGGUAUCGUUUAUCCUGCUGCCUGUAGUAGAUUUCUAAAGUUAACUCUUUAACACCAAAAUAAAACA